AUGCAGAAAGUCAUCAGACGAGCAACCCUUGCCGCAAAUCAGGCUAAACGGAAAGCAAGAAUCCAAGCACAGCGAGACAGGCGCGACGAAAUCAGAAAAUAUUUCCAAGAGCGACAACGCUACCAACGGAGUAUUCUCGACCAGGUCCAUGCAGAGCGAAAAUCCCGACGGGAGGACUGGCUAAAGGGCCCGUUGGCACCCAAGCGAGAUGUUGCGGAUCUUGAUGGGGCAUAUGGCACCCUCCCACCGGAGCGCAUUCGGCCUCCAGCUCUCCCGCGGGAGGAUAGGGUUAAGUUUGUCAAUUUCGCCCCGGGGGAUCGGGUGGUUAUAUUAAAGGGCAGGGAACGGGGGAAGAUUGGGAAGAUCUACGGCGUGAAUGCUGAAUCUGGGACAGUCAGCGUCGGCGGGGUUAACAGCGUUGACGUACGCUAUCCCGAUUUUAUUUUGGCAGGAGAAUCCGACAAACGUCCAUUCCGGCCAAUCUCCCUCCCCUUCCGUUUCGAAGACGUCCGGCUGGUCGUCCCACUCCACAAUUCGGAAACGGGCAAAGUGGAAGACGUUGUGGUUAAGCACAUGUAUGGCGGAGAACCUUACAUAGACCAUCCAUACGGCGUUGAAACGCCCAAACACACUCGAUACAUCUCAGACCUUGAUGUAGAAAUCCCCUGGCCCGAGCCAACUGCUCCAGACCAAGCCGACGAAGCGGUCGAUACCCUACGAAUAGACGUAGAGGAUCGAACACAUAUACCAUCCGUCAAUGCUUACCCAUUCCCUGUCACCAUCAUUGAUGAACUGAGGAAUAAGUUCUCGAAAUUCCGCAGCCGGCACGAUCCUGAGUGGGUUGCGCAAAAGGAGGAGGAGGAUAGGAAAAUGGAGGAACGCCGGAACAGGGUCUGGGUCACGCCAAAGACAGAAUUCAUGGCCCAGAAGGUCCAGAAAAGGUUAAUGGAAAGGGAACAGCAGAAGGAUGAAAAUGGGAACUAUAUUAUUCCGCAACAUACCGCUUCAUAUAUAGAACAGUUCCUUGCGAAGAAGCAGUAUCAGAACCAGCUUGCAUCGAAGUUGUCUUCAUAG